AUGCCUCCGAGAACACGCGUUAGAGCAGGUGAGAUCGGAAGAAGGGGUGGCCGUGGCCGUGGUCGUGGCCGAGGGGCACUGGUUGAGGAUGAAGUUAGCCAACAUGGGGAGAAUCCGAAUGGUAAUCCGGGGGAAGGGCCUAGACACGGUCAAGGAGAGGAAGUACCGAUCAUUCAAAAUCCCUUUGCUAGGGAUUUUGUUGCGGCUCUUGCGGCUGCAAAUCUUCUUAACCCUGCUCCUAGGGAAAGUGCGGAUAGCCGUGCUUUGUCUGCAAUGAGGGAGUUCAGUCGUAGAAAUCCACCUACGUUUGAUGGGUCGAGUAGUGACCCUCUUGUAGCCGACCAUUGGUUGGCCCAGAUUCGAAAACUCUUUAGGGCUCUCAAAAUUACGGAAGACGACUUGCGGGUAAAUAUAGUGGCUGUUCAAUUAACUGGGGAGGCUAACGAAUGGUGGGAGUCGGUUUUAGAAUUGAGGAAGGAUGCUAGGAGAGCGGCAAGGACCGCGGCUCAAGCAAAUGAGCCAGAUGUGGAGAACCUAACUUGGGCCGAAUUUGAGGUGUUUUUCGAGGAGCAAUACUUUCCAGAAACGAGUCGCAACCAGUUGAGAGAUGAGUUCGAGAAGUUAGAGCAAGGGGAUAUGACCGUGUCGGAAUAUGCUUUAAAGUUCCAAUCUUUGUCUCGUUUUGCACCGGAGUUGGUGGCAACUGAAGAGAGGAAAUGUAGGCGGUUUGAAAGAGGUUUGCAUGACACCGUGAAGAAGUUUGUUAUGGCACAACGUAAAGGAAAGUUUGCCGAAGUUUGUAUGGUAGGCUCGGCUUCUUGGUACUCAAACGGAGGUAAUUUGAUCAAUCUUGAUGCAGUCCUCAAGCUUAACUAUCCUAUGACUUUGACCAUCUUCAAUAGUUUAAUAACUGGGAAAUUGAAGAGUUUGGCUUCUCUGAAUGAUCCGAAUUAUUUUGAACCCGUUUCACUUUUAGAGUUUGGUUCAUCGAGUUACUAUCAGUAUUCAUUGGUUUUUGGGAAAUUUGAUAGCGAUUGUUGCGGUGGGAUUGAUAUUCCCAAAAAUCAAUCACUUGGUUUAAAUCCAGGAUCGUUAUGUUACACAACGAGUAGGCAAAACGAUGUCUUUAACUUGGAGUAUUUGAAUGAGUGCAGUUCUUGUUCUGAGAAGGAACACAAGGUGCAAUAUGUGAUCAAAUUUGGAUCAGGUUACCAAUACCUAGCUCUUGAUCCCAAUACAGCGCUCGUUGGAGAGGGAUCGUGGGAUGAAAAGAAGAAUCAGCUAUGCAUAGUUGCUUGCCGGUUUUUGAACUCUUCCGACUCGUUGGACAAUGCCCGGGUUGGUGAUUGUUCGAUUAGGUUGAGCUUGUGGUACCCUGCUUUCUGGACAAUCAGGAACAGAACAAGUGUUUUGGGCCAGAUUUGGACUGACAAAACUGUUAACGAGUCUGGAUACUUCAAUAGGAUCACGUUUAAAAGUCGCGACAAUAGCAUGGCUGUGGUUCCUGGUUUGAGAUACGAGUACACGGUAACCGAAAAAGUAAAGAAGUUGUGUCCUUUCAACAAGUCGGUUAUUAAGAAGGGCAACAGAUAUCCGAAGUGGAACUCUGACGACUUGGCAUUUGACAUGUUGGUUGAAGAUUCUACGGGGAAUCAUUCUUGGUCUUGGAGUAAAGCAACGCCUAGCUUUUUCGGUGAUCAAAAUUACGUGCUGAAGCGGAACCCAUUUUCUACCCGUACGUCAAUGAAUUACAUGAUUGCAGUUGAGGGAGAGAGUAUACAUCACGGCCCAUUGAAUAUUACCUACACGAUUUCGCUGUAUCAGACUUCUUCAGCUACAUCGGUAAUUUUCAAUAGUACCCUUGACAUUUCUGCUGAAGGGUUGUAUGAUAAGGAAACAGGAAGGGUAUGUAUGGUAGGCUGUAGAAAGCUAUCAACAGGUGAAUCAAUGGACUGUGAGCUUCUUUUGAAAUUCCAAUUCCCGCUGGUAAAUGCAAAAGAAGAAGGGAAAAUUAGGGGAAGCGUCGAAAGCACGAGGGAGGAAACUGACCAUCUUUAUUUCAAGCACUUGGAAAUGACUGGAUGGGUUUUCUACAGAGAGGAAGCCAAAAGAUCUGUUCAGCGGUUGGAUUUGGAGAUCGUGAUGGUUUUGAUCUCCUACACGCUCGCUUGUGUGUUUGUGGGGCUGCAAAUUUUUUACGUGAAAAGGAACCCUCAAGUGCUUCCUUUUGCGUCCCUUUUCAUGCUUGUGAUCCUCACUUUAGGGCAUAUGGUUACUCUUGUGCUAAACUUUGAAGCUUUGUUUCUAGGAAAUCGCAAGCGAAGUAAUGUAUCGCUUGGGAGUCAAGGGUGGCUCGAAGUGAACGAGGUGGUUGUGAGAGCAGUUACAAUGGUGGCUUUCUUGUUGCAUCUCUGGCUUCUCCAACUGGCGUUUUCUGCACGUUUGGGCGACGAAAACCAGAAGGACAUAUGGGUUGCUGAAAAGAAGGCAAUGCUGGUUUCUUCAACAAUUUACAUAUUGGGGUUGCUUUUUGCUUUGUUUCUAAAUACGAGGAAUUUAAUAUCUUAUGGUGGUUUGGUCCUCGACGGUUUCCUUCUCCCUCAAAUCCUCCUCAGCAUUUUCCAUAUCUCAAAGGAAAAUGCUCUUUCUCAUCCAUUUUACAUUGGAACCACUUGCGUUCGGUUGCUACCUCAUGUGUACGAUCUCUACCGGGCUCACAACUUUGCGCAAGUCCAAUUUGAUGGGGCAUACUUUUUCGCAAAUCCUUAUGUGGAUUUCUACUCCCUCACAUGGGACGUAGUUAUUUCUUGCGGGGGUGUUCUGUUUGCGGUUUUCAUUUACUUGCAGCAGCGAUUUGGCGGGCGGUGUAUUCUUGGGCGGAGAUUCAGGGAGGUUGAAAUGUACGAGAAGGUGCCAGUAACAAGCAGUGAGCAGUAG